GCGCAUGCGCAGUACACUCCCGCUGGAAGUCCGCAGCGGUCCGACUCUUAGUUUGUUGGCCAGGGAGCGUAGCGCGCAUGUGUUGGCCGGUGUGAGGCGUGCGGGUGCUGCUUCAGGUCCAUCCCUAACACUAUGAAACAGGAGCGGCUGUCUGCAUGGGAGUACAACAUAUACCUCCUCCUCUCACUGGGGAUUCAUUUCUAUUUAUUCUAUGAGGUCUACUUGUCUUCCAGAGAACAUGACGAUGAACUUGAACAGGAAGUUGGCUUAGAGACUUAUUUUUGGGGCCUAAAAAAGGAUGUGGCAGACUUUGAGUGGAGUUUCUGGAUGGAAUGGGCUCAUUCUCGACUCUUAUGGCUUAUGCUGGGACACUUGGUGAUAUCACAGUUUUCCAGAAUUUUUUGGGGAAAGCAUCGCUUGUGGUUUCUGAUGUCCUAUGGCAUGGUGGCCUGCUGGUGUGUACUGGGAACAAGAGGCCUGGCAACCAUUUUCCUAAACACCUUUAUAUUUUAUAUGAUCGCACAGAUGAAGAUUGCACUUAUCACCUGGCUGAGCUCUGCACUUAUGCUCCUGAUGUUACAUAAUGAGACUGUUGAAAACACCCAGCACGGUUGGUAUGGAACGGAGAAUGAGUAUUACCUCCUGCAGUUCACGCUCACUGUACGCUGCCUUUUUUACACCAGCUUCUGCCUAGAAUACAGCGGACAUCCGGGAGAUGACAGCAAAUCCUUCACCUUUCCAUCAAUGCUGGCCUAUGUCUUUUAUUACCCUUUAUUUCACAACGGUCCUAUCAUGCCUUUUAAUGAGUUUUCUGAACAGAUGCAGAAACAAGAUACAGAAUGGACGAACAUUCGAUAUCGUGGAUUGUUCAUAGAUGUGUUGCGUUUAUUUCUGUGGUGGUGCCUGGCAGAGCUGAUGAUCCAUUUGAUGUAUAUGCAUGCAAUGUAUAGCCACUACCCUGUUCUUGAAGAAGCCUCAUACUGGACCCUUGGUGGCCUGGCAUUGGCACAGGUACUAUUCUUCUAUGUGAAAUAUUUAGUUCUGUAUGGACUUCCGGCACUUCUUCUACAACUGGAUGGCUUGAGUUCGCCAGCUUUGCCUCGCUGUGUCAGCUCAAUGUAUAGCUUCACUGGAAUAUGGAGGUGUUUUGAUGUUGGUCUCCAUCGUUUUCUUGUAAGAUAUAUUUACAUUCCGAUGGGCGGGUCACAAAGUGGGAUAGAAAGAAUGCUGCUCUCUACCGCCUUAACUUUUAUAUUUGUGUGUUACUGGCAUGGAAGCCAUGAAUACCUCUGGUACUGGACAGCACUCAACUGGAUCGGAAUAAUCACAGAACAUGGAGUGAAGAAGCUCCUGGCUAUGCCCUUCAUUCAAGAAAGAAUUGAUCGCUGUUUGUCACCAAGGACGUUUCGGCUGCUUCACGCUGCUCUGGCAUCUGUUUCCACGGCUCUGCUUAUCCUCACCAACCUCGUGUUCCUGGGUGGAGAACACGUUGGAAAGAUCUACUGGGACAGACUGUUUGUACACGGCUGGCCGUGGGUUCCUCUUGUAGUUCUUAGCUGUCUCUACUGCUUUGCCCAAGUUGGAAUUGAAUGGAGCCUGUACAUAUUUCCCAAAUACAAGUACAAAUUUCCACUUUGUGCACGGGGGAAGUCAGAAAGAUGAAGAGAAUUUUUUUUUUUUAAGAAGAAGAAACAGAGCUAAAAAAAAACAUCUCUGAAUAUUGAGGAGGAUCUCAGAUGGACAUCAGUAUUCUAUUUCCAGUUUUUAUACUUCUGCAGAUUUUUUCACAAUAAAACUUUUUCAGCGUUU